GAGAGAGCAAAACAACAAACAGACAUCACGAGACAUGCAUUGAAAUGCUUGAUAUGUCAGGUAUUUAUAUGAACAGGAAACUCAACACAAGUGCAAGUACUGUGAAUGAUUGAUGGUGACAGGUCUAUAAAGAUAUACUUGAUUAGGUCCUCAAAGUAAAAUGUGGGAACCUGCGUAAGAUUUUUUCGCUAAACACAAACAUGCCUAUUCAUUUCGUACCCGCCAGCUGUUACACCCACACCGAAAGUAAUUAAACCCAGCACCGAGAGAGAGGCUACGAAGACAUGGCAGUGACUAAUGCAGCUUAUUUCAUUUCAAGUCAGACAGAAUUAUCUUUCAUGAUUAAAACAAUGAAGCUCAGCUGUGUUGGUAUCUGGUAGACUGACUCAUGAAAAUAACUGUGAAAACCUCACUGCAAACACCUGACUAGAAAAUCUUGUAUUGUUAUCAUGAAUGGUUGCAAACAGUAAAACUAAAAUAUGACAGCAGCAAUUUAUGUGUCAACAGUCAGAAAAACAUAAAUUAUCACUUUGUGUAAAAAAAACAAAAAAAAAAGUAGUCAUUUUACUGACAGAGGUACCGUUUAAACCAGUCUGAGUGGUUGGGAGACCCUUAGGGGUUGCAAGAUGAUUCUGAAUGUGGUUGUGAUAUACUUAAAAAGUGAGCAGUACUGUGAUAAAAAAAUAAAAAAAUAAAUAAAUAAAUUAAAAAAAAAAAAAAAAAAACUAUAACAUGACUAAAAACUUGUGCUCAACUUUAUUUGACAUCUGAUAAAAACCAAAAUAUUCUGUCUUUUAGGUUCAUCAUCCUGAAGUAGGCGAGAAGUCAAUUUUCUGUGGCGCCUUUACUCUAUACAUUAAGGCAUACGUUACCCUGCGCUGCUAAAUCAGUUAUUAGGGUAAAGAGAGGGGCGGAGUUUUAAUGAGAGUAGGAACCAUUCUCAUGCAUCGGACCAUUGUACAGGUACAUUAUGAGGUCUGCCCUGUUGGGACCUCUUCUUCUGCUCCUGCUCCUGGCAGCAGGAAUGGAUGUGAGAGGGGAUGAGGCAGAUAAGAAGCCCAACUUUGUGUUGAUGAUGGUGGACGAUCUAGGUAUUGGUGAUAUAGGCUGCUACGGUAAUGACACCAUCAGGACUCCUAACAUUGACAGACUUGCAUCAGAGGGGGUGAAGCUUACUCAGCACAUUGCGGCCGCUCCUCUUUGCACUCCGAGCCGGGCUGCUUUCAUGACGGGCCGCUAUUCACUACGCUCAGGAAUGGUUAGUACGGGACGAGUGCAGGUGCUGCUGUUCCUUGGAGGUUCGGGGGGGCUUCCACCCACUGAGACCACCUUUGCUAAAAGGCUGCAGCAACAGGGAUACACCACCGGCCUAGUAGGUAAAUGGCAUUUGGGUGUGAACUGCCAACACAGAGGGGAUCACUGUCAUCAUCCCAACCAGCACGGCUUCAGCUACUUCUACGGCCUGCCAUUCACCCUGUUCAAUGACUGUGUGCCAGGACAUGGCAGCGAUGUCCUUGCUGACCUCCAGCAUACACUCCGAAAUCUGUCUGCACUGGUUGCAGUUGGACUUGUCACAGUGGUGUGUGUCCGCCUAUGUGGCCUUUUUGAAGUCAGACUGUGGCUCCUGGUGCUUCUUUUCCUUCUCUGUAUCCUAGCAACCGCCGUGUGGUAUGUGCCCUUUAUGCUUCUACCAACCUGGAACUGUAUCAUCAUGAGGAACCAAGACGUGAUUGAACAGCCUAUGACAGUGGAGACACUGCCUCAAAGGUUGCUGAGUGAAGCACAAAAUUUCAUAAAGAGGAAUGUUGAUCAUCCAUUCCUCCUCUUCUUCUCACUGGCUCACAUCCACACGCCGCUCUUCACAAAUCCAGCCUUUGCUGGCAAAAGUCGUCACGGCCUCUACGGCGACAACCUGGAAGAAGUGGACUGGAUCAUUGGUAAAAUGACAGAGACGGUUGAUUCCCUCGGUCUCGCCAACAACACUCUGAUGUACUUCACAUCUGACCAUGGUGGACACCUGGAAGACGGUGAUCCGCGAAUUGGACAGAAGGGAGGCUGGAACAGUAUCUAUAAAGGUGGAAAGGCUAUGGGGGGCUGGGAAGGGGGGAUCAGGGUACCUGGUAUUUUCCGCUGGCCUGGAAGACUGGCACCAGGAAGAGUGGUGGAUGAGCCCACUAGCCUCAUGGAUCUGUACCCCACACUGAAAUAUUUAGCCGAGGACACUCGACCAGACAGACAAUCAGAUGGCUACAACCUCAUGCCGCUGUUGGAAGGGAAAACUGUUCGAUCAGAGCAUGAAUUCAUGUUCCACUACUGUGGCAUCUACCUGAAUGCCGUUCGCUGGCACCCACAGGGCAGUGACUCCGUCUUCAAGGUGCACUUUUUCACUCCCAACUUUUCUCCCCCGGGAGCUGUUGGUUGCUAUGACACUAAGGUCUGCCUGUGUCACGGAGAACAUGUGACACACCACAACCCACCGCUGCUGUAUGACCUUUUUCACGAUCCCUCGGAGUCCCGACCUCUGACCCGUGAAACAGAGCCGCGAUAUGCUGAAAUCCUUGAACAGACUGCCAGAGCAGUGGAGACGCAUAAAAGCACCCUCAUAAAUGAGCAGGCGUCUGAUGACACCCAGUCACCCGCCAGCACAGCUGCAUACAAGGUUCAAGGCCAGAUGACUUGGGACAAGAUUCUGUGGAGGCCUUGGCUUCAGCCCUGCUGUGGGACUUUUCCAUUCUGUGGGUGCAAAGAGGACGCGACACAUGUUUAAAGCUGCGGCGCACUUUUGUCUCCCCCUUCUGGCAAUGAAGCAGUGACUGUCUGAAGUCUGGAACCCAUGGACAUCACCAAACACUGGGUUUCCUGCUUUAUGAUGCUUUGCCAGGCCUUUAGUGCAGCUUUCUUCAGAUGUUGCUUGUUUGUUGAUCUUUCUGCCUUCAGUUUUGUCUAAAUGCAUGCUUUAUUCUUUUGAGAUCUGGGGAUUGACUCAAACAUUACAGAAUAUUCCACUUCCUUGGCUUAAAAAAACUCCUGGGUUGCUUUUGCUAUAUGUUUUGGAUCAUUGUCCGUCUAUACUGUGAAGUAUUGUCCACUACACUUUGGUGCAUUUGGCUGAAUCUGACUAAACACUAGUGACCCAGUGUCGUUGGAAGCCCUGCAUGCCCAUGCAUCAGACUGCCACCACCAUGUUUUAUACAAGAUGUGGUGUGCUUUGGACCAUGAGCCGUUCCAAGCCUUUUGCAUACUUUCUUCUUCCCAUCUUUCUCUUACAAGUUGAUCUUAGCUUCAUUUGUCCAAAGAACGCUGUUCCAGAACUGGGCUGGCUUCUCUCUGAUGCUUUUUUCCCCAAAGUAUAUUGUGGCCUUUCUAUUUUUGAGGCUGAUGAAUGGUUUGCACCUUGUUGUGAACGCUCUAUAUUUGCUUUCAUGAAGUCUUCUCUUUGUGGGAGAUACUGAUACGCUUACUUCCUGGAGUGUGUUCUUCAUUUGGGUGGAUGUUGUGAAGUGGAAAGGAUCCUGCAAUCACCCACUGUUCAUCUGUACAUGCGUCUGUGGACGUCCAGGCCUUUUUCAGUUCCCAAACUCACCAGUGUGCUCUUUCUUUUUCUCAAAAUGUAUCAAACUGAUGAUUUGGCCACCACUCCUAACAUCUUCUUCUGCUAUCUCUCUGAUGGAUUUCUUCUUUUUUUUCAGCCUAAUGAUGGUCUGUUAUACUUUCAUUGAGAUCUCCUUUGACUGCAUGUUGUGGAUUCACAGCAAGUGCCACCUUGAAGCAAUGCCAGAGAUUUUACCUGUUAAAAAUAAUGAAGGAUUAAUGAGGGAACUGUCCACGCUGCCCAUGAAACAGCUUUUGAGGCAAUUUGGUCCUUUGAAAAAAGAAAAAAAAAAGAGGCUACACACCAAAGAGCUGUAAAUCCUUCCUCCCUGAAGGUGAAUACCCUUAAAUUACAGCCGAGAGUCUGCACCCAUAUUAAUUAUAUAACUAUAUCUUGAAUAUAUUUUUGGUAAACAGCUAAAAUAACAAAACUUCGUCAGUGUCCAAAUAGAUAUGGACUGUUCAUUUCCACAGUUCAAAGUUCCAAGACAAUAAUAUGUUAUUUAGGUAGAUAAAAUCAAACAGCUACAUGGCUUACUCCAACCUAACCUACUCCAAUGUAAGAUGAAUUUGUCUGCCCUAAACCUUUUUUUUUUUCUUGAAGUGUUCUCCAAUGAGGAAGAGGUCAAACCAAUGGUAAUCCACAUUUGUCACUGCUGGUGAUUGCUUUUUUUGUCUAGACAUAAUGCUAUGUUUCCUUGUUAUCUGAAGCAUCAGAAGUGUUUCUUGAAAAUCUCUUAAUCUGCCUCAGCCACUACUGACUGACUGACUACCUUCUUCAUCUCUGGCAAACAAGUGACAUAAAAUAAGAUCCCAUGCACCGCUGAAGGAAUGUUGCCACAUUUGGCUUAAUUAGCACUGUGUGAACUCAUUUGGAAAGGGUUUGAACGCAAAGCAGCAUAGAGCAAACUAGAAAUAAGCAGCUUGGGCUCAGAGAAACCUUUUCUAAAAAAAAAAAUCCACAUUGCUAAGGGAAAUACUAAAAUGCAGUUAAUUAUACUUGAACUGACCAAAUAAGCUAAAAAUUAAACUGUACAUUGUCUUCACUGUUAAAUUUUCAGUCUAUAGUUUACAUCCAGUGAAUGAAGGAUCUGUUUGUGCUUUUAUUUUGUCAGUAAAAUGUGCUUGGCAUUUUA